AUGGAUUAUGGAAAUCAGACUUUGGUGACUGAAUUUUUUUUUGUGGGCUUAACAAAUCAAUUGCAGCACCAGGUUGUUCUCUUUGUGAUAUUUCUCUUGGUUUAUCUUGUUACUCUUCUGGGAAAUGUGGGGAUGAUCACCCUCAUUUGGUUGGAUCCCCGACUCCACACACCUAUGUACUUUUUUCUUAGCCACUUGUCCUUUGUGGAUGUCUGCUCUUCUUCUGCCAUUGGUCCUAAGAUGUUGACUGACAUCUUUGUGGAGAAAAAAGUAAUCUCUUUUUUUGGUUGUGCUGCUCAGAUCUGUUUUUUUGGUCAGUUUGUAGUGACUGAGUGUUUUCUCCUGGCCUCCAUGGCAUAUGACCGGUAUAUGGCCAUCUGUAAGCCCUUGCUGUAUACACUCAUUAUGUCCCAGCGUGUCUGUGUGCAGCUAGUGGUAGGACCUUAUGCCAUGGGUCUGAUGAGCACCAUGACCCACACGACUUUAGCCUUUAACCUACCUUAUUGUGGCCCCCAAAUCAUCAAUCACUUCUUCUGUGACCUUCUUCCUGUUCUGUCCUUGGCAUGUGCAGACACCCAGGUCAAUCAGUUUCUACUUUUCAUCUUGGCUGGAGCUCUAGGUGUGCUCAGUGGUGUGAUCAUCCUAGUUUCCUACACUUACAUUGUCAUCACUAUCCUGAGGAUCCGCUCUGCUGCGGGGAGGCACAAAGCCUUUUCCACCUGCUCUUCACACCUGACAGCUGUCUCCAUCCUGUAUGGGACACUCUUCUUUAUCUACGUACGCCCCAGUUCUAGUUUCUCCCUGGACAUCAAUAAAGUGGUUUCAGUGUUCUAUACAUCUGUGACUCCUAUGUUGAACCCCCUUAUCUACAGCCUGAGAAACAGAGAGGUCAAGGAUUCAUUCAGAAGGACGUUUGAGAAGAAGCAGUUUCUCAUGAGUAGAUAA